AUGGAGUCAUGGUCCAAUUUGAAACGUGCACAGGCGCCGGCAUCAUCAAAUGAUGAUGAACCUAACUCGAAACGCAUGAGAAGUGAAAAAAGUCGGGUGGCGCCAUCACCACUAGAGGAUGAAGGCGCAUGGCGCAUUCUAUUUCAAUACCUUACCACUCAGAUGACUUACCCUCAGAUGGAAGAGGAAUUUUCAUCUUACCUGGGUGAUAGAUACUGUGCAGACGACUGGAAGGAUGCUCGAGCUGCAUUGUUCUCUGCUGACGACUUAAAUGAUGAUGCGACUCCCUUGGCCAAUCUUCGGGCCUUGUAUGCUAAACAUGUAGUACCUCGGUCUUCUUCACCAUCGGAUAUAGUGAGUUCACUGGAAGAUUCUUCCUUAGUUGCAAUUGCAACAAGGGUGACUGGACACUUGUCAGCCCACACCCACAAGAGUCGUCAUCGAUCACGUCAACGAGUCAGAAAUCCCUACAUCGACGCCGAGGCAGAGGAGGACUCGACCGAGGAGGAGGAGGAGGAGGAGGAGGAGGAGGUAGAUAGUAACUGUUUGGCACGGCCACCGCCCGUUGGUACAAGCUUCUCAGGACCUUCGGCCAAACAGACAUUUUUUUCGGCGAUCGACAAUAUCUUUGACAAGGUUAAGACCUCAAAGUUAUCGGAUAUACGUGUUCCUUACAGGGCGGCCUGGUCCCCUGGCACGAUUCAAAACAGAAUGUACUUGCUCCAUGUUCACAGAACUGCAACGGUCUUUAUCACCGAACACCUCCGGAAGAAAGGACUUGCUGUUACCAUCUCAUCCUGGAUCCCAGGACAGCUGUACGUGGUGGCAGAUAGCCCGAAAACUAUCUCGUCAUUGCUUCCAGAUGCGCAUAGAUACUCCAUUCGAGAUUAUCUUUGUAUCUCGGACGAAGAGCGUGAAGCAGUCGAGCGUGCACGCGCCAAACUUCCGAACCCAGGAUGGGUGCGGAUCACACACGGCAAGUACAAAGGUGAUAUAGGCUAUGUUUACGAUUCUGAGCAGUUGAACGAUUUUGUUGUGGUCUUGAUCCCUUCACGGGACUUGCCCUAUCCCACAAUAUCCGACAUUGUUCGUGAUGGGGAGGUGAUCGGAUGCUCGUACAAAGGCGAACAAUAUUACAUGGGGUUGUUACUCAAGAACUUCCAUCGGCAUGGCCUAGAGAUUGUCACCACCCCUCAUCCUGAUUACAUUUGGCUGCAUCUGCAAUCCAGAUGGGACACACGCUUCAUCAAGACCGCUGAAUUAGCGUUCUCUAUGCAAUUCCUGCAUGUAGGUGAUGAGGCGAGGGUUGUCACCGGAGAAAUUCAUUCAGAGAUUGGAAAAGUAGUCUCCACAAACCAUGCAUUUGGUAGUGUGUGCUUGGAACUCUUGGUCGAAGGAUGUCAAAGAUAA